AUGCCGGCCGGUGUACCUAUGCGACAGUAUCUGACUUUCAUGGCGGCAUCCUUACUAUCCAUGUUUGUUGGAUCACAAGUGGUUCACAAUUACUAUCACCCGCUACGCGACUUGAACUAUUACGUGGAGCGAGAGAUCAAAAUGCAAAGUUUACGCGAAGUGCUACAACCCCCGGAUAAUACAGACUCAUCUAAAAAAGGUUAA